AUGCAAAAUUCGUGUAAUGCUCCACUGGAAUUUCUAUAUGUUGGUUUAUCAAGUUUCUGUCUUGUUACAAUGAAUAUUCUGCUCAUCCUGAUAACUGGAUAUACAGUGAAUAAGAUAAAAAAUUUAGUGCCUCUUUCAUUUACAAAUGAAAUCACCAGAAGAUUUUACCAAAAGGAUUUACGAGAAGUUCGCGAGAAUUAUAAAUGUUUACACAAAUUUGAUGCAUCUGAUUUAGCCACUUAUGCAUACAAUGAAUACCUUCGUUUGAAUAAAAUAAAUUCACAAGACGGUGAAUUAACUAAUUUGGAUAGUGAGAAUGCAGAACAGAUUGUUAAUGAAUUUCAUACAAUUAUGAAGGAUCUGAAGAAGGAUCCCUAUUUGCAAACUAUUACUGCAGAAACUACUCAAGGUGACAAUAGUUUUUUGAGAAAAUUUAUCGAGAAGUCCAGUGAAUUAUCAACUAAAAAUGCAGUUAAGCGCAUAAAACACCAUCAUACAUUUUGUCAUCCAACUACAACGUUUCAAUUAGGCGAUGAUGAGACAGUUGGUAAUUUCAACAAUGCAACUAGAAAUAGAAACACUACUACCUCUAGUAGUGUUGCUGGUGGUGGUGGUGGUGGAGGUGGUGGUGGCGGCGGUGCUAACGGUACUCUCGCCAAUCAUCAUUACCAUAUUAACAGUAACACCUAUCACUCAGAUGACAACCGGGCCAGCAAUAGGAAUUCAGAUGUCUAUCGAGUGAAACUGUUGAACAGAUUGGCUUUCGAAGUAAAUCCCCCAACGACUAUACCUGAAAAUCCUCAGAUCAAUGAUGCUAAUCUAUCACCACUGAUUGGAAAAAGUAAAUACAAAAGACUUCAUGCAGAAAUAAUGGAUUUACACUCAGGGAAAAAUCAAAAAGCUGAACCCAGUCUACGAACUUCCAGUUCUACAGGACGAUUUGAAGUGGUGUCUGUGGAAUGCCCAUCAGAAUCGAUACAUACUAAUACAGAGAGACAAGAGAAAACCGCCGGCGAGAACAACAGCAGUUCCACACUGAAGACCAUUGUUUGA